AUGAUGGGCUGUAUCACGGACUUCUUCACGUACGGGACGACCAAGUCUGUGGUGGUGAAGAGCUGGACCAUCGGCAUCAUCAACAGAGUCGUUCAGCUUCUCAUCCUUAUCUACUUUAUAGGUUGGGUGUUCUUGCAUGAGAAGGCAUACCAGGUGCGAGAUACAGCCAUAGAGUCCUCUGUAAUGACCAAGGUCAAGGGCUUCGGCGUCUAUAGCAACAGACUGAUGGAUGUGGCAGACUACGUCACCCCUACACAGGGCUCCUCUGUGUUCUGCAUCAUCACUAAACUCAUCACCACGGAGAACCAGGUACAGAGCUGGUGUCCCGAGACUGAGACUAAGUACAGAUGCAACAUCGAUCAGGACUGUGUGGAAUACACAGGCAAGGCAGGAGGGAAUGGUGUGCUCACUGGCAGGUGUGUCACUUUCAACAGCUCCUUAAGGACCUGUGAGAUGAAGGGCUGGUGUCCAGCUGAGAUCGACGACAUAAAGACAGAUCCCAUGAUGGAGGUGGAGAACUUCACCAUCUUCAUCAAGAAUAGCAUACGCUUCCCUCUCUUUAACUUCACCAAGGGUAACUUCCUGCCCACCAUCACAGCCGAUUACAUAAAGAACUGUAAAUUUAACCUGGUAGACGACACCUACUGCCCCAUAUUCAGGGUCGGGGAUGUGGUCAAAUUUGCCCACCAGGACUUCUCCAGCCUUGCCCACAAGGGAGGUGUGAUUGGAAUAAAAAUUGGAUGGGUGUGCGAUUUGGACCAAUCAGAAGACAGCUGUAACCCUAACUACUCUUUCACACGCCUGGACGCUGUCUCCCAGAAAAACAACGUGUCUCCAGGAUACAACUUCAGGUAUGCCAAGUACUACAAGAUGGAGAACGGGACAGAGUAUCGCACGCUGCUGAAGGCUUAUGCCAUCAGGUUUGAUGUCCUGGUCAAUGGCAAUGCUGGAAAGUUCAACAUGAUCCCAACUCUCAUCAACAUGGUGGCCGCCUUCACUUCAGUCGGAGUGGGCACAGUUCUUUGUGACAUCAUCCUUCUAAAUUUCCUGAAGGGGGCAGAACAAUACAAGGCCAAGAAGUUUGAAGAGGUACAUGUGCAGGUUUCCGAGUCCCAGCUCAGGUCCAGUGACUCCAAUAGCAACGGGCUGUACAGGAACAGCUGCAGCCAGCUGUCAGUCAAACAGGAUGAGAAGGUGUCCAGUGACUCAGGGGCUUUCUCCAUUGGACAGUGUGGCUGA